AUGAAUGCACACGGGUUUUUCUUCUUUAAAUUUAAAACGAAAGAAGGGAUGGAUCAAAUGUUAGAGGAUGGUCCGCGGAUGAUAAGAAAUGUUCCAAUCAUUUUGAAAGCGUGGUCGGCCUCUAUCAAGUUGGAAAAAGAGGAUUUAAAAGCUAUUCCGGUUUGGGUUAAGAUGCAUGAUGUGCCGUUAGCGGCAUUUACUGAGGAUGGGCUUAGUUUACUUGCAUCUAAGAUUGGGGUGCCUAUAAUGUUAGAUUCGUAUACUGCUACAAUGUGUGCGGAAUCUUGGGGAAGAAGCAGCUAUGCUAGAGCUCUUAUUGAAGUUCAGGCAGGAGUUGAGUUCAAGAAGAGUGUUACUGUUGCAAUCCCAUCUUUGGAGGGUCUUAGUCAUUCAAUGGUGGAGGUUAAAAUUGAGUAUGAUUGGGAGCCGUUAAGAUGUUCAUCUUGUUGUGUCUUCGGUCAUGAUGAUAGCUCGUGCCCUAAGAACCCUCAGGUAAAUUUGAGUGGGGAUACUGAGAAUAAGAAAAAUGAUGACUUUCAGGUCGUAGGUGCCAAAAAGAAGAAACCUAAUAAUCAAGGGCUUCAUAUGAAAAACCAGAAGCCAAAGGUAGUUUACAGGCCAGUUGUCAACCCUAAACCAAAAUCGUCCUCAACGAGUCCGAUGCAGAAUCAGGUUUCAACGUCUAACCCGUUUGAUAUUCUGAAGGAUGAUAAUGGUAAUCAGGAAGGUACCACUGUGGGUCGAGUGGAGAAAAAACCGUCGAGUGACAGGCAGGAAUCGGAUGAGGAGGUGGUUGAAGAAGUCUAUAAUGAAACUAGUAAAUUUAUGACAUCGGGUAACAAAUAA